UUCCCGUCAUGCCUGCCUGGGCGGCGGGCCCGUCCCCGCCAUCCCGGGGAGGGGGGGAUCGGGGGGGAACCGGGGCCGUCGCUCCCGCGGGCCUGGCCUCUCCUCUCCUCAUGCGCGCUGCGCCGCCGCCGCUGCUCUCCGCGCUCCUCCUGGCGCUGGCGGCCGCCGCAGGAGCCGCAGCUCUUGCCCCUGUUCUUUGCCUCUGGUUUUGUUGGUGAGGAUAUCACAGUGAUGUCUGCAUUCAACCUGCUGCAUUUGGUGACAAAGAGCCAGCCAGUGGCCCUGCGAGCCUGUGGGCUUCCCUCAGCUUUCCGUAAUUUGUAUCACCAGAGACGUACUAUUACAGAUGGCUCUUCGCAUGAUCUGAAAGAAAAUAAAAGGUCAUGUAGGGAUAAAAAAGACUGUAAGGUGGUCUUUUCCCAGGAGGAGCUGAGGAAGCGGCUGACACCCUUGCAGUACCAUGUCACUCAGGAGAAGGGGACCGAAAGUGCCUUUGAGGGGGAGUACACACAUCACAAAGCUCAAGGAAUAUACAAAUGUGUUGUUUGUGGAACUCCUUUAUUCAAGUCAGAGACAAAGUUUGACUCCAAUUCAGGUUGGCCUUCCUUCUAUGAUGUGAUCAGCCCCGAUGCAAUUACUCUCACUGAUGAUUUCUCCUAUGGGAUGCAUCGGAUUGAAAUAUCCUGCAGUCAGUGCGGGGCUCACCUGGGGCACAUUUUUGAUGAUGGACCUCGUCCAACUGGCAAACGGUACUGCACAAACUCCGCUUCCUUGUCCUUCAAACCAGCAGAGAAGAACAAUGCCGGGGAAGGCAGCAGUAGCACCAGUCCUGCCCCGACAGGCAAAGCUGAGCUGUAGGACAGCGCAAGCCCCACGAAAAGCUGCUCUGAUCCCACACAACUUACAAGGAAUGUUUGCUAAGUUGCCUGCUACCUUAUAUCCUAAGAAUGUGUAAAUGUAUGAAGGAAGAAUUUUGCACCAUCCUUUUUCUUCCACUCCUUUCUGGAACUGAGGCCUUGCCUGCCAGGGCAUUUUACUAUAUAAUUGGGUUGAAAAACAUGUUGACUGACUCCACAGGUUUUCUUUUUUCUUUCUUUUCUUUCUUUUUUUUUAUUUUAUUUUUUUUAAUAGAUUGCUUUAAGGAACCCUUAACUCAAGAGGCUUUGGCACUAUGAGUUACUAGUUUCUCCUUAGUGCUGCGUUGCUCUAGGUUUGAACAGUAAUCCUUUUCGUGUGGGAGAAGGGAAUUGUGUUUAUCUCCAGCUUAUAGGAAACUUCUGGGCAUAAGAAAUCCUGAAUUCCCAGCACAUCUAUGCUUUGUUCUGACUUGUGAGGCAUGCAGCCUUUGGUCAUAUGUAUUCAGCCAUCUCCCGGUAUCAGCCGCACCCUGCAAAAACUUGUAUUUAUGGCUGUUCCUUCCCAACUAGAAGAGAUGGAUCAGAUGUAAAGCCCAUCCUCUGGUUAAUUCCCUGCCAACAUUUCAAGGGUGUGGUUGAGAGGGUGUAAACAUUGUCUCAGCAUCUAUUUUUUCCCCUUUGUUUGGUAUUUAAAUCAAGGUUUUAACUAGUAAGGCUCACUUAUGCAGGCUACUAAUGAGACUGUCUUUUUCUGAGGCCUGAAAUCUGAAUGAAAGCUGAAAUCUGCAGGGGGCCAUUAUAUGGGCAAGUGCAGAGAUAAACUGGAGAACUGAAGAAGAUGCAGAAUGACACUGGGCUCUUUAUCUCGUCAAGGUUUCAGAAACAGGACAGCUUCUGCUACAAGGGAGUUUAAGAAUGCAGCAGGAAGAGGGAGACCCUCUGGAAACAUAGAGUUUUAAGGUUUAGUUGGCCUGGAUGCGUACUGCCUGCAAGGGCACAGCCUUUGUUUUGGGCAACUGCGACGCAGGACAUGAGCGAGGGGGUUGAUUUAAGAAAAAAAAAUGAAAAAAAACUGUCAGAGCUGCAACAAUUUUCACGUAGUGAAAUUUGCUGUCCCAUAAGAUGCUUUACACAGCUGCUUUUAGAUUUUGUUGGAUAAGUUUGCCUCAAAUUGUGCAUAAUGCUCUAAUUUAAGCCGCAAUACACAGUAUUUGCUGACACCGCUUUGCCUUGAAGUAUUGCGAGACUUAAUGAAUAUAGUAUUUACUUUUAUUAGCAAACUGCGUAACUAACAUGUUCGAAUCUAAUUUUAUUUCCAGGAGGUGCAAAACAACCACAGAGUUUUAUGGAAGCAGGACUGAGGUUUUUAUGUUGGUGAUAAUAAACACAUUACCUAAAGUACAAACAUCCUUCAAUUAAAAUAUAGCAACUGUAAAAGCAUGCAGAAAGGCCAGAACCACCUUUUUUUUUGAUGACAUAAGAACUGCAUGAAAAAAAGCAUACAGUACCUUAACAUAGAAUAGAUACAAAUAAUUAAAGAUGAUAAAUAUUCAGAGCUGAAGCACUCGGGCUCUGUGGUGGUGAGCACCUACUUGCGUGAGUAUUCCCCCAGGUGUCACGCAAGGAAUUGCUCAUCAGCAGGAGGAGAGGCUGAUGCCGACUGACCUUGGCUGUUUCAAGGCAGUUGCGUUUCUCCUGGUCCCAUUGCUUUUUAGCAAUCUCUUGGAGAGGGACUGCUCUUAUCCCUCGCUUUUAUUUAAAGUAAAGUAGAUUUUCUCUACCAUAUUUUCUGACAUAAACGUAAAAAAGGCAGCAUCUAUAAAAAUGUGGUACAUAAAUGUGGUUUAAUUCCAGAUUGCUGUUGGAUUUAAGUGUUAUCAAAUUUCAGUAUAUUUCUGCCUUAUGUUAAAGAAAUAUAUUACUUAAACUUCAGUAUGCAGUAAUGUAUGCUGUCCUACAGGAGAUUUAUUUUUGCAGGAUAUGGAGUGCAAUGAAAUGAGUCAAUAUGGUGAGGUGUAUGUGAUCUGUGGGAGUUAGACCAUUUAACAUAGGAAAUGCAUUGUUCUCUCUUGUGCGCAAACUAUAGCAUAGCACAGGUCAAGGUAAGACAGAUUUCCUUUUAUUGCUUUUCGAAGACGCUAGUAAGGGCUGGUAUUGAACCCUCCAAAUUUUGUUCAGUCUGGUUAUGAUCAUGACAGAGGAGACUUGGGAGCUGAGCACAAUGUAUAGAAUAGCAGGAGAAUAUUUCUGUAUCUACAAUUUGCACUGUCUAGAUGCUUAUGAAAACUGAAUGCAAAUUCUGUAGAAAUAGCAAACUAUAUUUUAUAUCUCUAUUGUUACUCAGAUGUUUAAAUAGCAUACCUUAAAACAUCAUGUCACAUGUUAUUUAUAUAUACUAUAUAUAUAAAAAAUUGCACAUGUUUUUUAUAUAUAUAUACGUACACGCAUAUAUAUCUAUCCAAGUAUAAUUUUAGCCUUCAGUACCUUUUUAAUAACGAAAACCUUUCCUUAAGAGUUCAAUACUUUUAAGAAAUCAAAUAUACAUUUUUCAAAUUAGAUUUGUUUCAUAUAUUUGUUGUACACAAAUAGAAAAUAAAUUUCUUUAUAAAUAA